UCCAACGCCUUUUUUUGUCUUCGUAUUGCUGAAAAAGAAACCUCACCUGCCCCAAAAACACUUGAAACAUGGAAAGGGCUUUCAGCUAUGUAUUGAGUUGUUGAAUUUCAUCUGAAGUUGCCGCUAAUUCUCUUCUCGACUCUUCUCUUCUUACCCAACUCUUCUUUUUCCUUCUAUAGAUCGCUCCAUUGCUUUAUAUGUAGAACGAACCAAAACGCGCUUUCAGCAACGCGUUUUUGGUUGCUGAUUUCAUAUUUGGAAAACGGACAGACGACAGAAAGUGGGCCAUUUCCUAACGUUGUCGAGGAAACUGGAAGGCUUCACUAUAAAAUUUAGUCCCUACAUUUUCUAUUUUCCAUUUUUUUCAAAAUAACAAAAGCUCCGUCUCUCUGUCUCUUCCCCCUCUAUACUUCGCUUUUGAAAUACCCUUUUAUUUUUUCUUUAUCCUUUUUGGGUUCUCAUGCAUAUAUAUUGUUUAUUGAGUUGAGAAAACAGAGUCCGCGAGUAUAGACUUUAGAGAUGGGAAAUUGCUGCUCGGACGUCGGCGGCGGGAUGGCGGCUGUGGGUGGCACCGCCGCCUCCGCUGUCACUGGCAACCAAAACGACGCUGUGGACAUGUUCUUCAAGUCUCGUGGCAUCCAUGGCCUCUUCUCUCAGAUCGAGUUAUCGUUUUCUGCGUCAAAUUUGCGAAACCGGGAUAUUUUCUCCAAGAGUGAUCCGAUGGUGGUGGUUUAUAUUAAAGAAAGAGAUGGAGCAAUUACAGAAGUAUUUCGUACUGAAGUAGUUCUCAAUUCCUUGAAUCCUACAUGGAUCACAAAGUAUACAAUUACUUAUCAUUUUGAGGUUGUCCAAACCUUCCUAUUUCAUGUCUUUGAUGUUGACACCCAGUUUCACAAUGUGGAUGUAAAGAUGCUUAAGCUGGAGGAGCAGCAAUCUCUUGGUGAGGCUUGUUGUGCAUUGUCAGAGAUUGUGACUAAACCAAACAGGUCAUUGACCUUUGAUCUUGUUCGUAGAGAGGAAUCUGUCACAGCAACCCAUUCCCAACACCGAGGAAAGCUUACUGUGCAUGCGGAGGAAUGCUUUAGCUCAAAGACUACAUCAGAGAUGGUGUUAAGGUGUUCAGAUUUGGAAUCUAAGGAUCUCUUCUCAAAAAGUGACCCAUUUUUGGUAAUAUCAAAACUUGUAGAGAGUGGGAUUUCUAUUCCUGUAUGUAAAACUGAAGUCUUAAAGAAUGAUCUCAACCCAACAUGGAAGCCAAUAUUUCUGAAUAUUCAACAAGUUGGAAGCAAGGAUAGUCCGUUAGUGAUAGAGUGCUUUAACUUCAACAGCAAUGGCAAGCAUGAUCUAAUUGGAAAAGUCCAGAAGUCACUAGCAGAUUUGGAGAAGCUUCAUUCUGGAAGGGAAGGGGAAAGCUUAUUUUUGCCAACUCCAGUUGGGCAUGAUUUCCAAAACAAGGUAUUAAAAAGCAAGCUUUUUGUGGACCAAUUCUCUGAGACUGUCCAACAUACCUUCCUGGAUUACCUGGCUGCGGGUUUUGAACUGAACUUCAUGGUGGCUAUUGAUUUCACUGCUUCAAAUGGAAAUCCCCGCCUCCCUGAUUCCUUGCAUUAUAUCGAUCCAUCAGGACGGCUGAAUGCGUACCAGAAAGCAAUCUAUGAGGUUGGGGAGGUAUUGCAGUUUUAUGAUGCAGACAAGCGCUUUCCUGCCUGGGGAUUUGGAGCACGGCCCAUUGAUGGUCCAGUUUCUCAUUGUUUCAACUUGAAUGGAAGCAGUAACUACUGUGAGGUUGAAGGAAUCCGAGGAAUUAUGAUGGCCUAUACCAGUGCCCUUUUUAAUGUUUCUCUUGCAGGGCCAACACUGUUUGGACAUGUGAUUAACAAAGCUGCACUAAUUGCCAGCCAAUCUCUUGCCAAUGAUGCUCGAAAAUACUUUGUUUUGUUGAUAAUCACGGAUGGAGUAGUAACUGAUCUCCAAGAAACCAAAGAUGCCCUAGUAAAAGCAUCUGAUCUCCCAUUGUCUAUCCUCAUUGUUGGAGUUGGAGGAGCUGACUUCAAAGAAAUGGAGAUUUUAGAUGCAGAUAAGGGAGAAAGACUUGAAAGCUCAACCGGACGUGUUGCCUCACGGGAUAUUGUUCAAUUUGUUCCAUUUAGAGAUGUACAGAGUAAGUCAUCUAGUCAGUCGAAAGGCGGAGAGAUUUCUAUUGUUCAAGCACUUCUAGCAGAAUUACCAACUCAAUUUUUAACCUACAUGCGAAGCAGAGAUAUUAAACCAAGCACUUGAUUUUGUAAAGCAUUGUACAUAUCAAAAUUAUUCUUCUGUUUUCGGUGUUUUUUCACGCCUCGACUUUGCCUCUUGUCAAUGCCACCAUGGUUUUUUAACGAGGCAGCUUGUACCCAAGUCGUGCAUCAAAGUCUCUUCAGAGACAACAGAUGGAUAUAUUGCGUUAUCACGUUGGAUUGGAGAUUGAUCAGGUCAACAAAGACUUUGCCGUUGCGGCUGUCUGCUAUCUUGGCCAUACGGCUGACAGACAGCACAUUCUUUGUCAUGUCCACCAUGGGUUGUAGAGAGACGGGAUUGGCAAUGGGGGCAGCUCCCCCACCAAGAACUCCUAUAACUAUUCGGUACAAUCAUGUAACUACCAUAAGUUGAAGGAAAGAUAUGAAGUGUUACAUAACUACCAAUUUUCCUUGAGAAAAUUUAUAAUACUUUCUACAUUUUGGUAGUAAAAAUAAAUUAUAUGUUGUGUGA